AUGACUGGGAGAGAGGAGUUUUCUGACGAAAAACCCAAGGGAAAAGUAUUUGCUCCAAGUACUGCAAACGACAAAUCUUUGAAAAUGAAUCCGUCUGGGUUAAGAUCCAAGGGCUUUGCCAUUACUGAUUUGUUGGGUCUGGAGACAGAAUUGCAGCACCCUUCAGCUCCACCCGUCACUGGGUGCGAGCCCCCUCCCAACGGGGUGGGAGGCUUUUCGUUGACUGGUGGCCCCUUGCCUUUGGGACUGGGCUUUCUCUGUGGACUGGCUGCCCAGCAACCCUCAGGGCACCAUUAUCUCAUGCCAUCUCACAUCCCAUUACUCCAGACUAGAAGUGAACAUCUUAUUCGCAGCCCCAACUCUGACAAACAGAAGGAUCACUUCUCUGAUGAGGAUAGCCUAUCAGGUGACCGGAAUGAUGUAGACAGCACAGCCUCUCAGAUUAAGAGAAAGAAACGGAGACAUAGGACUGUGUUUAGUGCCCACCAACUGGAAGAACUAGAAAAAGCAUUUAAUGAAGCGCAUUACCCAGAUGUCUAUGCAAGAGAAAUGUUAGCAAUGAAAACAGAGCUUCCAGAAGACAGAAUACAGGUGUGGUUUCAGAAUCGGAGGGCAAAGUGGAGAAAGCGUGAGAAGUGCUGGGGCAGAAGCAGUGUCAUGGCAGAAUAUGGCCUGUAUGGGGCCAUGGUUAGACAUUCUAUCCCUUUACCUGAAUCAAUUCUAAACUCUGCCAAAUCUGGACUUAUGGGAUCCUGUGCUCCAUGGCUUCUUGGUAUGCAUAAGAAAUCAGUAGAAGGACAGAAAACAACAGCAGACAAUUGUGACAGAACAGCAGAAAAUAGCAGUUUAGCACCUGAUGAUUGCAAGCACAAACUGGAAAGCUCCCAGCAGUUCCAUGUAUGCAAAAUCAACUUAGGAGAAGAGUCAGAAGACAGAGCAAUUGACCUCUCCAGCUCUUCAAAGCAGGAAAACAGAUACAUUUCCUGUCAGUCUGGUAUUGGGACUGAUGGAACAGAAAUAAGGCAAUGA